AUGGCGAAUAAUUCGAUAUUAGAAGAUUUACCGGAAGUGAAGCAACUUUAUCGUCAUGAGAUAGCAUUUCCAGCAUACCGCGGUGCUGAUUUACUGAGAGUACCUCGAUAUAAUAAGGGAAUGGCUUUUAGUCUAAGUGAGCGACAACAUUUGGGAAUUCACGGUCUUUUGCCAGCAGCAUUUGAAACCGAAGAGUUGCAAGUUUAUCGAGUGAUUUGUCAAUUACGAGAGGAAAAUGAUAACCUUAAAAAAUAUAUUAUUUUAGAUAAUCUUCAGGAUCAAAACGAGAAACUUUAUUAUCGUGUUGUUAUUGAACAUGUUCAUGAGCUACUACCAAUCAUUUAUACUCCAACCGUUGGCUUAGCUUGCCAAAAAUUUGGCCAUAUUUUUCGACGACCAAAAGGUAUUUAUAUUACAAUAAAUGAUAAUAGCAUCAGUAAAAUCUAUCAAAUAUUAAGUAACUGGCCAGAACAUGAUGUCAGGGCUAUUGUUGUCACCGAUGGUGAACGUAUUCUUGGUUUGGGUGAUUUGGGCGCAUAUGGUAUGGGUAUACCAAUUGGUAAACUAUCAUUGUAUGUAGCAUUUGGUGGUGUUCAACCUAAAUGGUGUCUGCCAAUUGAAUUGCUAAAAGAUCCGUUUUAUAUUGGAUUAAGACAGAAACGAGUACGCGGUACUCAGUAUGAUUUAUUGAUUGAUAAUUUUAUGAAAGCAUGUGUAAAGAGAUUUGGUCAAAAAACACUAAUACAAUUUGAGGAUUUUGCAAAUACAAAUGCAGGGCGUUUAUUAGCAAAAUAUAGAAAUGAGUAUGCGACAUUCAACGAUGACAUUCAAGGAACUGCAUCAAUUGUUGUUGCUGGCUUGUUGUCAUGCGGAAAUAUUUUGCAAAGAAAAAUGAGCGAGCAAAUAUUACUGUUUUUGGGAGCUGGGGCGGCAGCAACAGGUACCGCCGAUAUGUGCGUGCUGCAGAUGCAGCGCGAAGGUACAUCAGAAAAGGAUGCAUGCAAGCGCAUAUUUCUUAUCAAUAGCAAAGGAUUAAUUACUGUAAACAGUCCAGUAGUAAAGUCAGAGCAUCAAAAAUAUGCCAAAGAAAUGACGCAUAUGAAAGAUUUGCUCGAGAUCAUCGAGAAAGUACGACCAACCGGUAUUAUCGGUGUAUCAACCGUUCAUGGUGCAUUCUCUGAACAAAUAAUACGAAAAAUGGUUGAAAUAAACGAACGACCUAUUAUUUUUGCAUUGUCAAAUCCAACGAGCAAAUCUGAAUGUACUGCUGAAGAAGCAAUCCAAUACACUAAAGGAAAAGCAUUAUUUGCAAGCGGUAGUCCAUUUCCGGAUGUUAAUUAUGAUGGGAAGUGUUACAAGCCAGGGCAAGGCAAUAAUUCGUAUAUUUUCCCGGGAAUUGGUUUGGGUGUUGUGUUAUUUGAAGUGCGACAUAUCGACGAAGAAAUAUUUUUGAUCGCUGCUAGGGAAGUUGCGUCCAGCGUAACCGAAGAAGAUAUAAGUUUUGGUUGUAUUUACCCGAGUCUUUGCAAGAUUCGAGAGAUUUCAGUUUCUAUAGCUUUGGAGAUUGGAAAAUAUAGCUAUAAGCAUGGAAUAGCUGGUCUGUAUCCGCAACCGGAAAAUAUGGAGCAAUACAUUCGAUCACAGAUUUAUUCCGUAAAUUACGAUGAACUGAUCUAUAAGCAGUACAAUUGGCCAGUUGAGGACACCAUAAAAAGCAUUCCUGUUUUACCAGCUAAAGAGAACAAUAGUUGA